GCGGCGGGCCGGGAGUGCCGGCUGCCGGCGGCCAUUGCGGGCGGGCGCUGCCGCCGCCGCCCCUUUGUGAGCGCCGCGCCGCGGGCGUGCGGGCGGGCCGGGACAGCGCCGGGCGGAGAGCGCCGGCCGUGCCGCCCAUGGCCAGCCCGCCGCCGCCAUGACGAGCUCUGCCCUGGUGCACGGAGUGAUGGUUCUCCCGGUGCUGCUGCUGCUGGCGCUGCCGUCCCCGAGCUGGCAAGAUGACGAACUGAAGCUCAGUAUGGUCCACUACGAGUGUGUGUGUGAAGGCAUGUCCUGUGGGAAUGGAGACCGUUGCCAAGGCCAGCAGUGUUUUGCUUCCCUGAGCAUUAACGAUGGUGCUAAGGUUUACCAGAAAGGCUGCUUCCAAGUCUACGAACAAGGGAAAAUGACGUGCAAAACCCCUCCGUCCCCUGACCAGGCUGUGGAGUGCUGCCAGGGGUACCUGUGCAACAUGAACAUCACCGCGCAGCUGCCUUCUUCUAAAGGCCAAACGUUUCAAGGAGAAGCUGCAGGUUACAGCGUGGAAACACUGAUCAUCGUCAUCCUGGCACCUGUGACGGUGCUGAUAGUGUUUUCUGCGGUAGCUGUGCUGAUCAUCCGGAGAAUACAGAAGAACCACAUGGAGAGGCUGAAUUCUAGAGAUGCAGAAUAUGGCACAAUCGAGGGGCUCAUCGCAUCAAACGUUGGAGACAGCACGUUGGCAGACUUGUUGGACCAUUCCUGCACGUCGGGCAGUGGCUCGGGGCUGCCGUUCCUGGUGCAGAGAACAGUGGCUCGCCAGAUCACGCUCGUGGAGUGUGUGGGAAAGGGCCGAUACGGAGAGGUCUGGAGGGGGCAGUGGCAAGGAGAAAAUGUCGCUGUGAAGAUCUUCUCUUCUAGAGAUGAAAAAUCCUGGUUCAGGGAAACCGAACUGUACAACACUGUGUUGCUGCGGCAUGAGAAUAUUUUAGGUUUCAUUGCGUCUGACAUGACGUCCAGGAACUCCAGCACGCAGCUGUGGCUCAUCACCCACUACCACGAGAUGGGCUCUCUGUACGACUACCUGCAGCUCACCACGCUGGACACCGUCAGCUGCCUGCGCAUCGUGCUCUCCAUAGCCAGCGGCCUGGCGCAUUUGCACAUCGAGAUCUUCGGCACCCAGGGCAAGCCUGCCAUUUCCCACCGGGACUUGAAGAGCAAAAACAUCCUCGUGAAGAAAAACGGGCAGUGCUGCAUAGCGGAUCUGGGCCUGGCAGUGAUGCACUCCCAGAGCACCAACCAGCUGGACGUGGGGAACAACCCGCGCGUGGGCACCAAGCGCUACAUGGCCCCGGAGGUGCUGGACGAGAGCAUCCAGGCAGACUGCUUCGACUCCUACAAGAGGGUCGACAUCUGGGCCUUCGGGCUGGUCCUCUGGGAGGUAGCCAGGCGCAUGGUUAGCAACGGUAUCGUGGAGGACUAUAAACCACCGUUCUAUGACUUGGUUCCCAACGAUCCCAGUUUUGAAGACAUGAGGAAGGUGGUCUGUGUGGAUCAGCAGAGGCCGAACAUUCCCAACAGAUGGUUCUCAGACCCCACACUAACGUCUCUUGCCAAGCUGAUGAAAGAAUGCUGGUAUCAAAACCCAUCAGCGAGACUAACAGCCCUGCGCAUCAAAAAGACUUUGACCAAAAUUGACAAUUCCUUAGAUAAACUGAAAGCGGACUGUUGACCCUCUGGUGCUCUCCUGCGGGAAGGCGACGGCGGCCGCGGCCCGGCCGGACGCUCACGCGCCUGGUCCCCGCGCGGCCCGGCACGCGUUGUCACCGCGCUGUCGCCGCGCUGUCGCCGCGCCGUCGCUCUGGGGACAGCGGCGCCGCGUGGACUCUGCUCGGUGAGCACAGCGGCAUUUCACAGACGGUCAAGCUCUAAGGACUCGCGCGGAUGGACUGUUGCGGAGGUAGUGGCCUGAAGGAAGACAGAGAAAUCCUAAGACAAGAUCAGGGCAUUAAAUAAUGGCUUUGAACGGCUUUUUUCUUUUGGUUUCUUUUUUUUCCUUUUUUUUUCUUUUUUAAUUCUCCUGAUCACUCCCAGGGUGAACACGUGGAAGUGGUGAAUUUUAAUCAGCAAUAUUGCCUGUGCUUCUCUUCUUUAUUGCACUAGGAAUUCUUUGCAUUCCUUACUUGCACUGUCACUGUUAAUUUUAAUGACAUGACUUGCCAAAAAUAAGAUUGGCUGUACACUACAUUGAUCUAUGCCUGAUUAAUAGGAAACGAAUUUGGUAAACUGAAAAUGUAACUGUCAGAUUUUAGCUGCAUAUUACAUGUGUACUGAUGUUUACAAUAAUGCUGAACAUUAGGAAUUUCUCGUUUAUACAAAACUUGCAAAUUAUUUAUUACUAGUGCACUUGCCAGUUUUCUAAACUGUAAAAUAAGUGCAUAAAGUUAAAGCUUAUUUUUAUGUGGCCUCUUUCAUGAUUUCUUACACAGAUGUUUUUGUAACACAAUAUAACCUGAAACAUAAAUUGUUUUCUGUAUUAUCAUAUUACAACUCAAUAGUCACAUUUUAAGUGCUUCACAUUUGUAGGUGUGUGGUCUGUAACAUAUUUUCAGUUCAAAUACGGAACAUAUAUAUAGCCAUUACCCACAUGACGUUGUGUCUGCUAUCUUACUGAUCUAGAAAAGGAGAGCAAUGGAGGAAUUAACUACAAUUUUAGGUCAUGAAUGCUGUGGGGAAAAUGCAUUUUAUUUCUUCUAAGCUAUAUAAUAUGCAUUUAAACUCUGCCAGAAAAAUAACUAUUUUGUUUUAAUCUACUUUUUCUAUUUAGUAGUUAUUUGUAUAAAUUAAAUAGAAUGUUUUCAAGUCAAACAA